AUGUCCAACGAAGUCACUAGUUUACAAGAUUAUUGGUAUCCAUCUACACUAGGAGAACAAAAUCCAGUUUUAAGUAAAUUAAAAGGAAGUGUAAAAAGACCAUCUCUUAGUACCCAAAUUAUUCAACACCUCCCUAAAGUAUUUCUACUUUUCUGUGUAUAUAGUUGGACUACUUUUGUUUUUUCAUACUUUACUUCUUUUAAUCCAUUAUUUACUUCAGACAAUAUUUAUGGUAUUAUUUUAACUGUUAUUUCAUUAGUGGCUGGAUUAGUUUAUUUUGUUUUAUCAUUUGUAAAUUACAAACCAGUUUAUUUACUUGACUUUGCUGUAGCUGAAUUACCAGAAGAAUAUGAAGUCCCAAAUGAGCAUAUUCAAGGACCAUUAACUCCAGUAUUUGAAGAAAGUAGUGUUGAAUUUGUUGAGCGUUUGGCUAAACGAACUGGACUUGGAAAUCAUACUUAUUUUCCAAAAGUUUUUCAUCAAGACAAAGUUAUAAGACCAACCAUGGAAUUAUCACGUGAAGAGGCAUUAUUAGUUAUGACUAAUUCUUGUGAUAAAUUAUUUAAUCAAACUGGAAUAAAACCAGAAGAGAUUGAUUGUGUUAUUUGUAAUUGUUCAUUAUUCUGUUGUACACCAUCUCUUGCUGCUAUGUUAAUGAAUCAUUAUAAAAUGAAAUCAACUUGUAAAAAUUAUUCAUUAGGUGGAAUGGGUUGUUCUGCUGGACUUAUUUCAAUCGACUUAGCUAAGGAUUUUCUUCGAUGUCAUCCAAAUAGUAAUGUUUUAGUUUUUUCAACUGAAAAUAUUACUCAUUCUUUAUAUUAUGGAAAUGAAAGAUCAAGACUUUUACCAUACACUUUGUUUAGACUUGGAGGUGCAGCAAUUCUCUUGACUAAUAAAUGGAAUUUAAGAAGUCGUUCUAAAUUUGAAUUAACUCAUUUGGUUAGAGUUAAUCGUGCGUUCGAUGAUGAAAGUUAUAAUGUAGUUUUUCAAUCAGAAGAUGCUAGUGGAGAAAAAGGAAUUUCUUUAGGAAAACAAUUAGUUAAUUGUGUUUCUAAGGCGUUAACUAAGAAUUUAUCAAUUUUAUUACCACAAGUUCUGACUUAUAAGGAAAUGGCAAAGUAUGGAAUUGAUUAUAUUAAACGAUUAACAAAUAAGGAAUACGCUAAAACAGCUAAAACAUAUAUGCCAGAUAUUAGAGAAACAUUCCAAGCAUAUUGUAUUCAUGCUGGAGGAAGAGGUGUUAUUGAUGGUAUUCAAAAGAACUUUGGAUUAAGCGAUGAAGAUUGUUUACCAUCACGUUCUAGUUUAUACAGGUUUGGAAAUACAUCUUCUUCAUCUAUUUGGUAUGAACUAAUGUAUAUUGAGCGUUGUAAAAUGUUACAAAAAGGUGAUAAUGUCUUACAACUUGCAUUUGGUUCUGGACUGAAAGUAAAUUCUGCUGUAUGGAAAAAAGUAAAUUAA